CUUCGUGGUCGUUCUGAUGACAUUGAACGGAGUACUGGCUGGCUUCCUUGGAGGUGGUUACGGUGGAUACGGGGGUGGAUACGGAGGUGGGUUCGGUGGAGGAUUUGGUGGUGGAUACGGCGGAGGUGGUGGAGGAGUUGGAGUCGGCAGCAGCGUGGUGCUUCUUAAAAGUGGUGGCGCCGGCGGUGGCAAAGUGGUAGCUGGGCCGGCCUUCCUGGUGAAAACUGUGCACCACGUGAAUAAAAUUCACGGAGGAGGCUCACUCGUGGCCCACAGUGGUAUUGGCGGCACAGGAGGAGGCUUCAGUGGUGGCUUCAACGGAGGAUUAGGAGGUGGACUCGUUGGAGGCUUUGGUGGAGGCUACGGUGGAUCCUACGGAGGUGGCUACGGAGGUGGCUACGGAGGUGGCUACGAAGGUGGCUAUGGAGGAGGAGGCUACGGUGGCGGAUAUGGCCUGAAAGGCUGGUACUAAAGAUGGCAAUGAGUGGCGCUUAUGGUCAACCAAGAGGACUUGUGCAGCCUCGCAGUGCAGAGAUUGAAAAUCAUCAAAGUGCAGCCAACUUCAAACAUUUCUUGGAAUAUACGUGGUCAACGUAAUUUGUUCCCAUUCUGUAAAUAAACACACUCAAAAAAA